AUGUCUCGCAACAAGGACCGGCAUGAGGGCGCUAGUGGGCGCACGUAUCACAUUAUGUCGGAAGCGGAGCGGGCAUCUGGCAGGCGCGGAGCCUGGGCAACGCUUGAGAUAACAGGAGGUGUGCGCGCUCUGGCGCCGCAACUGUUCCAACUGACGCACCUGACGGCGCUGUAUCUGAACGACAAUUCCCUGCAGCGCAUACCUCCCGACAUAAACCAGCUCGUGAAUCUUCACACGCUGGACAUGUCAAACAACAAGCUGAGAGCUCUGCCCGCUGAAUUGGGAGACCUCAUACAACUCAGAGAGCUACACCUUCACAAUAAUUAUUUAAGAGUACUGCCUUAUGAUCUCGGGAAACUGUUCCAUCUCCAAAUGCUCGGUCUACAAGGGAAUCCGCUUAGUAAAGAGAUGCUCUCCAUUUACAACGACAGCAACGGUACUGCCAAGCUGUUGACCUAUCUACUGGAUAAUAUGCAAGAGAUGGCGCUGUUAAUAAUGUUAUUUGGUGACAGUGCCAUCUGUUGGCGAAAUUUGUGA